AUGUGCUACAAGAUCCACUUCCUCUAUCUUGUACGACCUACGAACGCCCUGGACACAUCAGUCCUUGGAAGUUUCGACUGGACGCAAACUACAGAGUUUCGUAUAAAAGCUAUCGGAUUUUAUUUUGAAACUUGGGCUCUCCACUUGAUCAACUAUGCACUUGGCGUUAACAGGCGCACUUGUGAUUUUGUUUGUUCCCGUAUUAUUUUCAGGACUGUUGAGAUCAGAGGGUUUGAAGGCGAAAGAGUUGUAAUGCAAUGCAACGUAUUUAAUAUGCCCAGGGAUGCUAGGAUAGUUUGGCGUCGAGAUCAACUCGAUGGGGAAACUAUGGCAGAGGUGAUAAACGAUGGAUUGAUGUCAAGGGACAUGUCGCGAUGGAAAGUGGGACAAGGAAAACAACAAGAUUCCAUCCGGCUGGAAAUCAUGUCACUAGAUCGCACGUAUGAAGGACUUUAUACAUGUGAAUGCCAAUAUACCGGCUCGGUGGAACCUGCACGUGUUCAGCGAAUACUUCGUGUUUUUGCAAAACCAAGUAUCAUUCACCACUUGUCAUCCUACAACACUGAUUCCGAUGUCGGGGAUCGUGUGGUGCUCGAGUGUGCUGCCGACGGAAUUCCUACACCGGUGAUCUAUUGGCAACGGACUGGAGGACCAAGCAGUAUUAUCCGAAACUAUGGACUUACUAAAAACGGAAACCAAAUUGAAUUCGAUCCCGUCCAGGCCGAUGACGCUGGUGAAUACGUGUGUUUCGCAGAGAACUCAAUGGGUCAAGCGCUGUGGCGUGUCCAGCUACAAGUGAGGCAUCCUCCUAUUGUUCGUAUCUAUCCUUUUUCGCCAAAACAAAAAGUUGGCUGUAAGAUCCGGUUGCUGUGCUCUGUGCUGGCCAACCCUCCUGUUGUCGAGCCGAUGAUCGCUUGGUCUACGAACCACACUGGAUUAAUCAGUGUGGGAAGCACAAGGCCGUACAUAGAGGCUUGCUGCAUGGUGGCUCGUUUCACUCCUUGUAUGACCUACUUCUGUUGGGACUUCAUUUCGUCGCUACAAUAUGGAGAGAAAUAA